UGUGGUUGCCAGGGGGAUGCGUGAACACCGGAAGCAUACUUUAUACGGAUUAAUAUUAUUGUUUCUGUGUAGUAUUUAAUUUUGCAUUUUUGUUAUGUGGGACCUCAAAAUGGAAACAAAACUAUAAACCAUCCGUGACCUCACUUUUCUGAAAAUGAAGACAUGACGUCUGUGACUGAGCCUUGCAAAAUAACCAGCCAAGCCUUUGUUUUGGGCACCAUGACAGCAGCUGCUUUGAAGAUUGGAGAUCAGUUAAUCCUCGAGGAGGAGUAUGAUGAAAACUAUAUCCCUUCUGAACAAGAGAUUCAUGAGUAUGCACGAGAAAUUGGAAUUGAUCCUGUCAAGGAAACAGAGUUGCUUUGGUUGGCGAGAGAGGGGAUUGUGGCCCCUUUACCUGCGGAGUGGAAACCAUGCCAGGAUGUCACUGGAGACGUGUACUACUUCAAUUUCUCCUCUGGGCAAUCCACCUGGGACCACCCGUGUGACGAACAGUACCGCCAGUUAGUGCUGCAGGAGCGGGAGCGGGCCCAGCCACGCCCGUCCAAGACAGCAGUCACAUCUGGUGGGAAAAAAGAGAAGAAGAAGAAAGACAAGAAGGAGAAGAAAGGGAAAAAGAAGGAACAGGAACUCAAGCCUCCAGGAGUUAGUUUGGGUGGCAUGCCUCUCAGCUCUGGUCUUGGGUCCUUGCCCGCGCCUCUGAGUUCCCUGGCACCUCUGCGGGGCUUUGGAGCCGACACAUCCAUUCCGCCUCUUCGUGGGUCCCUCCUCUCCUCAGAUGGUCUGGAACCCCUGAAGACUUCUCUUGGGGGCCCUUUGUCCAGUUUAGGCUCUAGUGUGUUGGAGGGGAAGCUACAUGAGCAGAUGUCCCGUCUCAGCCCUGGCUUUAAGGAGGAGGAGAAGUCCUCAGAUAGGGAGAGACCUUCUGGCCAGAGCCCGCUGAUGCGCAAUCUGCAUCUUGAUUUGGAUGCCCUGGGGAAAAGCUUCCAGUAUGAGGACAGCGAGGCUAGUCUCAGUGCUCCUCCUGAGGAAUUGACUGAACCAGAGCUACAAGAUCUAGUAAGGGAUCACAGCCCAGAGCCUGGCUCUCAGGACCUCACAACUGGCCCACACAUUAGCACACCCGCACAGAGAGAUAGCAGGGAUCAGAGUAGUAGAGAUCAUGGAGAGGGGGACGAGAAGGUUGAGGUUGAGCGUGAGGAGGAGGAGGAGAUCCCAGAGGAAGAACAAGCUGGUGAAGAGUUCAUGAGUCGAGAGGAAGAGGAGGAGUGUAAAGGAGAUGACCAUGAAAGCCUGAUGAGUCAUGGGAAAAACUGUGAGGAGAAAGAGGGAGAGAAGAGUGAUAGCAACAUGUUAGAGAAAGCUCAGGAAAGUGUGGAGGAACCUAAAGGAGUUGAGGAAGAGAGUGACGAAGUAGUUGCCUUUUAUUCCAGGGGGAAACAUGACAGCAGUAAAGGCCUUGAGAGAUAUUAUCUAAGCAUAGGGGACGGAGAGAGCAAGAGAGAAGGGGAAUUUGACAGUGAGGUGGUAGAGAAAUGUAUCACCAGUGAAGUUGAGAGGGCUGGUGUGUUUGCAGAGAGGAGUGAGGUAAAACCGCAAUCCAGUGACACUGAACAAGCAAAUGGAAAGGGCAGUGGACCUAGUGAAGAAGUCGUUGAGAUAUUUGAAGGAAAUGAAGAACAAGUUCAAAAUGAGGACUCUGUUGGGCAUGGCAAAAGUGAGAGUGCAGCAGAAGAUGUUGAAGAAGAGAUGGACGCAGUUGAGGGAAGUGAGACCCCGAAAUCAGCAGAGGAGAGUGAGGAUAGCAUCAGUUUAAGGGUCCAUUCACAGGGUGAAGGCGGCACAAGGGAGACAACAGAAAAGCAGAGUGCUGAGUUAUGUGAAGAGGUGUAUGAUGAGGAGGAUUUUGAGACCGAUGUGAAACCAGACGUUGGUAGUAUGGAUGGUGAGGAAGACGACAGUGACAUCCUGGAGAGAUGUGUCAUGAGCGAGAGAAACAUUUCAAGGGGAGGAAAGAGUGGUGAGGAGAGUGAUGUUUUAGAGAGGUGUGUUUCAGAGAACAUCUCAGAGAAAGUUAAAAGUGAGCUGGUUGUUUUGAAAGGCAAAGACGAAAAGGUAUUAGAAACUGAUGAUUGUGUUGUUGAUGAUGAUGAGGAGGAGGUAGAGGAGGAGGAGGACAUUAUGGAGAUGUCUGUAGAAUAUGAAGAGGAGGAGGAGGAAGAAGAAGAAGAGGAGAGUGAGAAAAAAGAAGCCAGCGAAAAAUAUGUAGAAAAACAGGAAAUGAGCUUAAGUGGGAAGGAAUUAAGUAGAACAGAGGAGGUGGACACAAUGCAUAGAUUUGUACAAAGCUCAGAGGAGGCUAAAGUGGUUGAGCAGGAAGAGGAAAGUGAGGUUGUGGAAAUACAACAGGGCCAGGUAAAAGACGAAGAAGAGGAAGAUGAAGAAGAAAAAGAAAAGGACAGCGUUGGAGAAGAUAGUAAAGAAAGCUCAGAGGAUGACGUAGGAAAGGACGUAGAACAGGGCAUUGCGCCAGAAGAGCAGUGUGCUGAAACAGAACCCGAGGAGUCAGAUAGUGAUGAGGAGAUAUUGGAGAUUUGUGUUGAAAGAGAGCAAGAAGAAGAUAGUGAACGAGAGAAAAGUGAGAAAAUCACUCAAGAGACAAGAGGGAUAGCUAGCCAAGGCAAAGACAGUGUCCUCAAAGAAAGUGAGAGGCUCAUAAGUGGCGUACCCCUAGGGAAGGGUAGGGCAACCCCCAAAAGCCCUGCACUUGCACCCAGGGACGAAGACUCAGAGAAAAGCCAAGCGUCUGUGAGCAAAGAAGAAGCGGUUGAGCUCCUCUGUAAGGGAGAAGAAAGAGCAAGAUCAGUGAUUGGAGGUGGACAGAGAGAAAUCCCGUUCAUGUCGCUUCCGCGGAUGGAACGCAUGGGGAAAUUGCUUACGGUGCAGCGAACUAUUUUGCCCUGUGAGGAUACAGCUGCCAGUGGCAAAAAACGCAAAGCCUUAUCACCCACUGAUGAUGUCAAGAGAGAGAAAAAUGAGGAUGAAGACAGCAGGGAGACCAAAGGGAGAGAACAAAGAGAAGACCAGAGAGAAAGAGGGAAAUUCACAGAGAGGUAUCUGCUUGGUUUGGAUGGAGAGAGCUUCCUGGCGGAGCAGAGACUGCAGUUGUGUGCCAGUUCUCCAGACGUGUCCCAGGCCUCCUCCGCUCACAUGAAACGCAGCACUUUAGGAGAGGACGGCCGAAGCUCUGGGCUGAGAAAGCUGGGUGCCUCUCCAGUGGCUGCGCCCAGGAGAGGACUGGUGCGGAGCUCCCACGCCUCAUCAGACGAGGACCAACACGGGGAGCAGAACGAAGUAGACAUGCAGAAGAGCACGGCGUCGGUAGAUGAAAGGAUGAGCAGAAAGGGGGAGAGACAAAAAUCGGAGGAAGAGGAACAAAGUAAAGAACAGGAAGAGGAAGAAGAAGAGGAGUUGGAGGUUGAGGUGGAAGGGGACGAGGAGGAUGAGGAGUGGGAAGUGAUGGAAGACGAAGAGGAGGAGGUGGAGCUAAAGAUUCCAGAGAAAAAACUGGGGGAGGAGAGAAAAGGGAUGGUGAAGGUAGGGGAGGCGAAGUUGAAAAAGAUGGAAGUUGAUAUCAUGAAGCAUAAAACAGACAUUUUAAAAGAAAAAGUAAAGUUAAAAAUAAGAGAGGAGGAGUUGAAUAGUGAGAUAGAGGAGAAAAUCACUCAGAUAGCAGAGCAAACGAGGCCGAGGGUUGAAAGGACGAAACUCGUGGAGGACGUGACUUAUGGAAGACCAUGGAGUUUCCAAGACAAGCAGAGGUCAAAGUUUCUCAAAGAGGAUGCAAGGCGAAUCGAUGAAGAAGAGGAGGAACGACGACUGAAAGAAGAGGAACGGCGGCAGAAAGAGGAGGAACGACGGCAGAAAGAGGAGGAGAGAUGGCAGAAAGAGGAGGAACGACGGCUGAAAGAUGAGGAACGACAGCUGAAAGAGGAGAACGAGGUCAACCUCAGAGCCCUGAGGCUGCAGCUGGACUCGAGCAGGAGAGAGGAGGAGGCCAAGCUGAGAGAGGAGGAGGCCAAGCUGAGAGCUGAGUCGGCCCAGCAGCUCCAGCAGCUCAGGGAGAACGCUCAGAGGGAGAGAGAAGACCAGCAGCGUCUGCUCAUGGAGGAGAAUGAGGCCAGGCUGAGAGAGCUGCAGAGGGCUCUGGAGGAGGAGAGGAGAGCAGAGCGUGAGCGUCUGGAGGCCCAGAAGAGGCGCGAGCUCCAGCGGCUGCAGGAGGAGUCGGAGCUGGAGCUCAUGCAGGAGAAGAGGCUGCUGCAGAAGAAGACCGAGGAGGCUCUGGCCUCUCUGAAGCUGGAGGCCAAGACCGACGAGAUGCUGAGGGAGGUACCGAGCAGCUCAAAGCAACAGUUGACCGAGUAUCGGGCCGAGCUGGGAGACGUGCUGCUGGAGAUCAGGGAUGAGCUUCAGCGGGACCACAACAGGAAGGUGGAGCAGUUCAAAGAGGAGCAGCGUCAGAAGCUGGAGGACAUCAGGCUGGAGCACGUGGAGCAGGAGAGCAGUCAGAGGGAACAUUUGCGGAGCACGCUGCAAGGGGAGAGGGAUCGUCUGUUGUCCUCACACAACCUGCAACUGGAGCAACUCAAAACCCAGCUGGAUAAGCAGGUCCAGAGGACAAGACAAGCGUACUGCAAGAAGGAGGAAGAGAUUAAGGAGCUAGAGCUACAGCUGGACAUACGUGCCAAAGAUCUGAAGACUCAGGAAGCCAUGCUCUUCAGUCAGACAUCAGAGAUCCAAAGGAGAAGACACCAACUAGGACUCAAAGAAAAUGAGAUGGAGGGACUUCAUGAAGAUCUUGAGAGAGUGACACUCGAGAGGGACCGUGCCAGAGAGGAGGCCCACCUGGAGAGGCAGGAGAAGGGACGCCUGAAGGAGGAGAACCAGGCCAUGAAGGCAGAGCGGGAGAAGCUGGAGAAGAAGCUGGAGCUGCUGCAGGAGCGCUGUGACCAGCUGAGCCGCCGUGUCAGUGACCUGGAGCGGACAGAGAAAAGAGUCUCUUCCUCAAAGUCAGAACAAAGGCAAACAAAGGUCAACACCAAGGGGAAACGAGAAACGAGGAAGAAGGACCGGGAGUCCUCCUCACUUCCCAGUGAUGAGCAGUCGUUACAUGUGGAGGACCUGGAGCCCCCGAACGCAUCCUCCACCCCUCCACUUCCCAAAAACAGCGAGAGUAUGGAAGGUCUGAGGUACUACAUAUCGUCAGAAGGCAUGUCUCUGCAGAAGGCCCGGAACUUUCUGGAGCAGCAGAGCGGUAGCUUGAGCGAGAGGCAGGCAGUCCUGAUGGCUGCCCGCUCGAGCUGCUUUCAAGGCCCCGUCAGAGAGGGGGCCAACCAGGAACUGCUGAAGAACCUCCAGCAGGAGGCAAAUCAUCUGGAGCAGCUGAGGGCUACUGUGCAGAAGGGACAGAAUCUUCUAGAGAAAAAAGCAGAGAGACUCAACCACUUGGAGAGCUCAUUGGUGGAUGAGUUUUCAUACAAUGACACGGACAGACAUGACGUGGAUAGGAAAGUCACAUUUCUUGUCACAGACUCAGACAUGAGCAGUGUGGAUGGCCAUGAAGGGACAGACGUCCAUCCAACUGUCCCGGCCAAAGUGCAGCAUUUAGCCGACUCCCUGCAGCACAUCUCUGCACAGCUAAACACGGUCCUAGAGGCUUUGGGUUCUCUGUCCCAAAAGAAAGCUCCGCUCUUGCCGAAUGUUCAGGCCUCCUACCAACCCCUGUCAGUGCCUUUAUCUCAGGAACAGUCUCUCUCCUCUGGCUUGCUGUCUGCAUCCAGAUGGCCUUGGGCCUCUGCCAGGACUGGCACCAGUAACCUAGGCAGGGCUGGCAACAGCUUCAUUUUCCAGAAGGAACGUGAGGAUUCAGUUGCCACCAACAAAUUAUCUUCUGGGCUUCCCAUGAAUGUCCGUGGAGGUUAUUCAAUGAUAGGCAAUUACAACCUCUCAGGGUUUCCUGCAGCCAGUGAGCAGGUACAGAGUAUGUUGUCUACAAAGUCGGCAGAGAUGGAUGACCAGCAGUUGCAAAGCCUGAUUGAAUGCAACAAGCGAUGGCUUGAAACACGCAGGAAAGAUCCUGGCAUACCGUUGUUUACCCGUUAUCGGCCUCCGUCCUCCCUCGGUGGACUCGUCCAACUGGGUCUGGAUGAGAGUAACCAGAUAAAGGUCUACCACUACUGAGGAGCCACUCCAUGUUCCGAUCAUCUGUGUGCAUGUGCAAGAGACUGUGCGAGAACAAAAUAUGAAGUCCAUUCCAGUUGUUUCUGAAUUUGCUUUCUGUUGUUAGGAGCUGAAUCAUGCGCAGCAGCACUGGUACAUUUUGAGCCUGUUGUCACCAACAAGAUGACUUAUUCCAUACUUAUUUCUGUAAUUGUACUGGGCCAACAUUUUUAACAGGUCCUAAACACAUAUCAAUUUAAGAUUUAAAUCUGUGUAAGGUAUCUGUGCAGAUAUCCUUUCUGCAGUACUAAGCACGCUGCAAGGCCUUUUAAUGAACACCUCUUUAAUGUCUGUCUUGGCUCUGUAAUCUAGAUAUAAAUGCCAUGUAUGUUUGUAAAGUCGUUUUGUAAAAUACAUGAAUAAAACGUAUAUUUGUA